AUGGCAUCUAUCCCAACGGUGGCUGAUGAUAAAACAAAGAAGAAUGAAGAAUUAGCAACGGCCAUCUUAAAGGAUAAGGUGAAACCGAAUCGGCUAAUUGUUGAUCAAUCCGUCAAUGAUGACAAUUCUGUGGUUGCGCUUUCGCAGGCAAAGAUGGAUGAAUUAAAUUUGUUUCGUGGCGAUACAGUUAUUUUGAAAGGAAAAAAACGCAAAGAGACAGUAUGUAUUGUGUUGUCGGAUGACACUUGUCCAAAUGAUAAAAUCCGCAUGAAUCGAGUCAUUCGAAACAAUUUACGCGUACGAUUGGGUGAUGUUGUAAGCAUCACUGCUGCUCCGAGCAUCAGUUAUGGAAAACGUGUUCAUGUUCUUCCUAUCGAUGAUACGGUUGUGGGUCUUACGGGUAAUUUAUUCGAAGUGUUUUUGAAGCCUUACUUUGUGGAAUCAUAUCGACCACUUCAUAAAGGGGAUCUUUUUUCUGUCAAUGCAGCUAUGCGUAAUGUUGAGUUCAAGGUUGUUGAAACUGAUCCCUCACCAUCAUGCAUCGUUGCACCAGAUACAAUCAUUCAUUGUGAAGGUGAACCAAUUAAGCGUGAAGAAGAAGAAGAAAAUAUGGCUGAUGUUGGUUACGAUGAUAUUGGUGGCGUGCGUAAACAACUUGCACAAAUCAAGGAAAUGGUCGAACUUCCACUGCGACAUCCUCAGCUUUUUAAAGCUAUUGGUAUCAAGCCACCAAGAGGCAUUUUGUUAUACGGACCACCAGGUACCGGCAAAACACUAAUAGCUCGAGCGGUCGCGAAUGAAACUGGAGCGUUCUUUUUUCUCCUGAAUGGACCUGAAAUCAUGAGCAAAUUAGCUGGUGAAUCAGAAUCCAACUUACGUAAAGCAUUUGAAGAAUGUGAAAAAAACUCACCUGCAAUUUUAUUUAUCGAUGAACUUGAUGCUAUCGCACCGAAACGUGAAAAGACGCAUGGCGAAGUCGAACGUCGUAUCGUAUCGCAAUUAUUGACACUUAUGGAUGGUUUGAAACAACGUAGUCAUGUUGUUGUUAUGGCGGCGACAAAUCGACCAAAUUCGAUUGAUCCUGCAUUGCGACGUUUUGGUCGAUUUGAUCGUGAAAUCGAUAUCGGGAUUCCAGAUGCUGUUGGAAGACUGGAAAUCCUUCGCAUACAUACAAAGAAUAUGCGUCUUGGUGAUGAUGUUGAUUUGGAGCAAGUUGCAAAUGAAUGCCAUGGUUAUGUAGGUGCAGAUUUGGCAUCUCUUUGUUCCGAAGCAGCUCUGCAGCAGAUUCGUGAGAAAAUGGAACUGAUCGAUUUGGAAGAUGAUACAAUCGAUGCGGAAGUUCUUAAUUCACUGGCGGUCACUAUGGAGAAUUUCCGAUUUGCGAUGGGUAAAAGCAGCCCAUCAGCUCUUCGUGAAACCACUGUUGAAACACCUAAUAUUACUUGGGACGACAUUGGUGGCCUGCAGAAUGUUAAACGUGAGCUGCAAGAACUUGUUCAGUAUCCAGUAGAACAUCCAGACAAAUAUCUCAAAUUUGGCAUGCAGCCGUCUCGUGGAGUAUUGUUUUACGGCCCUCCUGGUUGCGGUAAAACACUUCUUGCUAAAGCAAUCGCACAUGAGUGUCAAGCUAACUUUAUUUCAAUCAAAGGCCCUGAACUUCUUACCAUGUGGUUUGGUGAAUCUGAAGCAAAUGUGCGAGAUGUCUUUGACAAGGCUCGAGCUGCGGCGCCUUGUGUCCUUUUCUUCGAUGAGUUGGAUUCGGUUGCCAAAGCUCGAGGUGGCAGCAUUGGAGAUGCAGGUGGUGCUGCUGAUCGUGUGAUCAAUCAGAUUCUAACCGAGAUGGACGGUAUGUCGAACAAGAAAAAUGUUUUCAUUAUUGGAGCAACGAAUCGGCCGGACAUCAUCGAUUCGGCUAUUCUUCGUCCAGGUCGUCUUGAUCAAUUAAUCUAUAUACCUCUUCCUGAUGAGGCUAGCCGUUUACAAAUCUUCAAAGCGAAUCUUCGCAAAACGCCGAUUGCAACAGAUGUGGACUUGACAUACUUGGCCAAGACAACAGUUGGCUUCUCAGGAGCUGAUCUAACAGAAAUUUGCCAACGAGCAUGUAAACUAGCAAUUCGUGAAAGCAUUGAGAAAGAAAUUCGCCACGAAAAAGAGAAACAAGAGCGCCGUGCUCGGGGUGAAGAGCUUAUGGAUGAUGAUGUUUAUGAUCCAGUACCAGAAAUUACUCGUGCACACUUUGAAGAGGCAAUGAAAUUCGCCCGUCGUUCAGUUUCGGAUAAUGAUAUCCGCAAAUACGAAAUGUUUGCGCAGACACUGCAACAGCAGCGAGGCUUUGGGACUAACUUCAAAUUUCCGAAUCAAGCAGGAGCGUCUUCAAAUCCAGGACAGCCAACGGGACCAUCUGGAGCUGGAAACGAUGAUGACGACUUAUAUAGCUAA